CACAAGUGUCAUCAAAUUAGGAGUGGACCAGGAAUACAGUCAAAGUCAAUAGCGUCGAUUAGACUCUAUAGAAGGAAGCCACCAUUGUUUCAUCUCAAUGUCAUUCCUUUUGUAGUACUCUACGCUUACUUAAUAUACCUUUAUACGAUAGCUGAACCAUUAUCACUUCCAUUGUCUACGAUAUCAAACUCAACAAAUACGACAACGACAACGACAACUCAACUUCACAAUGAGACCAUUGACACAGCAGCAGCAGCGGCGGCAGCAACAACAAUAGAUCAGACACUAGUGAAUAAUGAUACAUCGAUCAACACAAACAAAACAGAUACAGACUCAACAACAGCAAACCCUUCAGUAUCAUUGGAGGGACCAGACUUUUAUUUGUUCCUUCUUGGAUUGGCCGCCUGCUUCCAUGUUAUCUCACAGCUGUUCAAGUACUGGUCGGUGGAGUACUGCGCCUUUGUCUCAAUGACGCCCGUGUCGGAUAUCUCUCAGGCGUCCGACGUCAAGGUGACACCGUCGUCGCACGUCGGCUCCAAACAGAUCUGUCCAAUCGUUGUGGACAGCCGCCGACAGAUAUACUUUGAGUUCCAGAAGCGCAAGUUCACGUACGAUCCCGACACUCGACAGUUCCGUCGCAUCAAGCUGAUCGUGCCCGCAAGCAGCACCGAAGAGCUGCUCAAGCUGCGUGGCUACGAUACGGCCGAGUCCCUCCAGCAGGCACAGUCACAGUUUGGCAACAACCGAUUCGAUAUACCUCUGCCAUCCUUCUGGCACCUCUACCAGGAGCAGGCCAUUGCACCAUUCUUUGUCUUCCAAGUCUUCUGUGUCCUCCUCUGGUGUCUUGAGGAGUAUGUCCUCUACUGUCUCUUCACACUCUUCAUGCUCCUAAUGUUUGAAGCCACCGUAGUCAAAUCCAGACUGAGAAACUUGAUGUCAUUGCGAGAGAUGAGUAGCAAACCAUCUUACCCUGUGUAUGUGUACAGAGUGAACACUUGGAAACAGAUCGACUCGACUGAGAUCAUUCCAGGUGAUAUUGUGUCAGUUGGAAGAGGCACGACUGAAGCCAACUCAACAAUGCCAUGCGAUCUUUUGUUGUUGGCCGGUGGUUGCGUCGUCAAUGAAGCCAUGUUGACGGGCGAGUCCACUCCUCAUCACAAGGAGUCCAUCCAAGACAGGAGCAUCAGCAAGUCACCAUCGAUCGAUCUCAAGAACGACAAGUUACACAUCCUCUACGGUGGAACGCAGGUUGUUCAGCACAACGGUCCAGCCGACCGUCUCAACUCCAAGGUGCCCAAGUCUCCAGAUAAGGGCUGUAUCUGUUUUGCGCUCAAGACUGGCUUUGACACCAAUCAGGGCAGUCUGAUGCGUACGAUCUGGUUCUCAUCUGAGCGUGUCACUGCCAACAACAAGGAGAGUUUCUUCUUUAUCAUCUUCUUGUUGAUCUUUGCCAUUGCCGCGUCAGUCUACCUGUUCAUCAGAGGAUACGAGGACGAGGAGAGGAACAGAUACAAGCUCAUCUUGCAUUGCAUCAUGGUCAUCACGUCGGUCGUCCCACCUGAGCUCCCAAUGGAGCUGUCGCUGGCCGUCAACAACUCUUUGAUUGCUCUCGUUCGUCUUGGUAUCUACUGUACCGAGCCAUUCAGGAUUCCAUUCGCAGGCAAGGUGGAUAUUUGCUGCUUCGACAAGACUGGCACACUCACCACCGACGACCUCAUCCUCCAGGGUGUUGCCUGUUGUCCAAAAUCAUUGGACAAUGAGCAAGAGGGCAGCAGCAACUCAACGACAACUUCGACAUCAGGACCAAGCGCACUCACUGCCCCAGCAGACAUCCCCAUUGUUAUCCAUUACAUCUUGGCUGGAUGCCACUCGUUGGUACACAUUGAUGGCAAGCUUGUUGGAGACCCAAUGGAGACAGCAUCACUCAAGUCCAUUCCAUGGAGCUGCAAAGGCGACGUCUCGGCACACCACCGCAAGAAGGUGAUCAUCGAGAUCAUCAAUCGUUAUCUCUUCUCUUCGGACCUGAAGAGAAUGUCGACAGUGGCAUCAGUCAAUCAAGAUGGACACGUCUCUCAUUACGCCUUUAUCAAGGGUGCACCAGAGGUACUCAGGCCAUUCUUCAGGGCGGGCUCCAUUACCAACGACUAUGAGUCCACCUACAAGCUCUUCUCAAGACAGGGCGCACGUGUGAUUGCACUUGGCUACAAGAGGAUCCAGUCGGACAACAUGUCUACGAUGAAGCAGAUCCAGCGUGAGGAGACUGAGCGCGACUUGGAGUUUGGAGGAUUCCUCAUUUUUGAUUGCCCACUCAAGCCAGACUCGAAGGAGGCCAUUGAGAAGCUGUCCAGUUCUGCUCACUCAAUCGUAAUGAUCACGGGUGACAACAGUCUGACAGCGUGCCACGUUGCCAAGCAGCUGGGCAUCCAGAACCCUCAACAACCAACGUUGAUCCUCAACUCUGAUGUUGAUGGCAAGAAUGCCAAGUGGAUCUCAGUCGAUGAGACCGUAACAUUGGCACUCGAUACGAACAACAUCAAGCACUUGCAGACACUCAGAUCGCAAUACAACCUUGGCGUGUCAGGACAGACCCUGUCGCUGAUAAUGAACAAUGCCAAACUUGAGAAGGAUCUGUUCAUGGUUCAGGUGUUUGCCAGAGUGUCACCGGAGCAGAAGCAGUUGAUCCUUACCAACUUCAAGGUCAAUGGACAUCACACUGUGAUGGCUGGCGACGGUACCAAUGACGUUGGUGCACUCAAGCAGGCACAUGUCGGUAUUGCUAUCCUCAACAAGGGUGACCUUCCUCCUCCCAGAGUGAUUGAUACCAGUCCAGCCACUAACACAAGCCACCACGCCCAACAGAUGAGACAAUUGCAAGCACAACAACAACAGAACAAAUCAAAGAGUGUAAGUGCAAUGGAUUUGACUAGGAAGCUCCAGGAGGAUAUGAAGGACCAAGAGUUGCAGAUGGUUAAGUUGGGCGAUGCUUCGAUUGCAGCACCAUUCACAUCAAGGAGCUCAAGAGUGAUGCCAGUCACACAUAUCAUCAGACAGGGUAGAUGUACACUGGUCACAACAUUCCAAAUGUACAAGAUCCUUGCCCUCAACUCAUUGAUCUCUGCCUACAGUUUGUCAGUGCUCUAUUUGGAUGGUGUGAAGCUUGGAGACACUCAGAUCACACUCGCAGGAAUGCUGAUUGCCAUGUGCUUCCUGUUCAUCUCAACCUCGAAGCCUCUGGAGAAGCUUGCCGCUAAGCGACCAAACCCCAACCUGUUCAGUCCAUACAUGAUGCUGUCCAUCCUGUUGCAGUUUGUACUUCAUCUUGGCUGUCUGAUAUUCAUUGUGCGCGAAGCUCAAGCACGCUCCGAGGGCACCAUGCCCAAGCCAGACUCGACAUUCGAACCAAACCUAGUCAACAGCGCCGUCUUCCUCAUCUCCAACGCAAUGCAAGUGGCCACAUUUGCCAUCAACUACAAGGGACACCCCUUCAUGCAGAGUCUGCAAGAGAACAAGCCACUCCUAUAUUCUCUGUCGUCUGUAUGGUUGCUUGGCGCAAUACUCUCGCUCGAGAUCAUCCCAUCAUGGAACACAUUCCUUGAGAUGAUCCCUUUCCCAGACGCACACUUCCGUAUGCUAAUGUUUGGAACCAUUGUCGUCGACCUCGUUGGAGCAUGGAUAAUCGAGAAGCUAUGCUCUGUCAUUUUG